AUGGGAGAGGCAGCAGCAGUUAUCUCUCAGGAUGACGGCAUUCCAUGCUCUCCUGCCAUCUAUUCCACCAAUGUCCUUGUUAAUGCUAAACGACCAACUGAAGUAUCCUCAAUAGAAGCUCAGCAGCCUUCCAUCUCCCAAGCAGCAACCAUUGAGGACCCAACUUAUAGGAGCACGAGGAUAGGGGAAGAUCCUACAGGAUUUGACGAGGACAGUUAUCCCUCUUGGUUAGAAAAUUCCUACGAUAAUAAUGAUCCUUGCCUUUCAAAUCCAUGCCGCAAUCAGGGAACCUGUGAAACAACUUCUUCAGGUUACCUCUGCCGGUGUCCUCGCCCAUUUAAUGGAAAGCACUGUCAAAAAGUAAAUGAUCCUUGUAAGAAAAGCACAUGCAAAAAUGGAGAAUGUGUUAUCCAGCCCAAUCCACCAUAUUAUAAAUGCAAAUGUAAACACCCAUAUGUGCAACCAUCAUGCAAAAGAGUAACCUCACCAUGUCGCCCCAAUCCUUGUAAAAAUGGAGCAACAUGCAGGGCUGGGAAGAAAGGAACCUUCACCUGCAACUGCCCAGGAUUAUUCAAAGGGGAACUAUGUGAAAUAGUGCCAAAUGAUUGUUACCAUGGUAAUGGUUUAUCAUAUAGAGGUCUUGUGAAACAAACUGAACGGGGGAAGACUUGCUUGCACUGGAGCUCUCACCUGUUGCUCAAGGAAGCCGUUGGUACUCACAUGGAGAAUCCCAACAAAUAUGGAAUUGGUGAUCACAACUAUUGCAGAAAUCCUGAUGGUGAUGAAAAGCCUUGGUGUUAUUUUAAGGAGAAACGUGAUAAAUUAAAUUGGGACCAUUGUGCCAUUUCUCCCUGCACUGCAGCACCUAAAACACAACCCCAACGGGAACCUACAGCCAGACCUGCAGCCCGAUCAACUGCCACCUCUCCUACCAAUGUGCGCUUUCAGUGUGGAGUACCAGAGGUCAGAGUAAUCAUAAGAAAAGUCUUUGGUGGAAAAAGGACAGUACCAGGAAAAUAUCCAUGGCAGGUAUCUCUACAGCUGAAAAACCGCAUUGGACUUUAUAAAUCGGGACAUCUGUGUGGAGGAACAUUGAUUAGACCAUGCUGGGUUCUCACUGCUGCCCACUGCAUUGUCCCACAGGCACAGACUAAAGAUUUCCGCAUACAGCUUGGCAAACAAGACCUUCAAAGGGAGGAAUCGCAUGAGCAGAACUUUGACGUUGAAAGUAUAACUGUCCAUGAAAAUUAUCAUGAGAGCUCUGUGGGAUUAUACAAUGAUAUUGCUUUGGUAAAGAUUAAACAAGUCAACGGUCACUGUGCCCAGGAAACUAAGUUUGUAAAAACUGCAUGUUUACCAGAGACUGAUUUUCAGCCUGGCACUGAAUGUCACAUUUCAGGAUGGGGCCAGACAGAAACAGAGGCAUCAUCCAAUCAGUUAUUGCAUACAAAUGUGAGACUGAUAUCUGAUCAACGCUGUAAGGACACUCGCUCCUAUGGAACCACAAUCAAUGACAGCAUGUUUUGUGCAGGAAACCUAGAUGGAAGUGUGGAUUCAUGUCAGGGUGAUUCUGGAGGACCACUGACUUGUGUGAAGGAUGGGCGUUACCAAAUCUAUGGAAUAGUGAGCUGGGGUGAUCGGUGUGGAGUGAAAAAUAAACCUGGUGUUUAUGUCCGUGUCACCAAAUUCCUUAAAUGGAUUAAAACACGAGCCACUUAG